AUGGGUGUGUGCACGGGUGUGUACGUGUGUGUUCUCUGCGUGUGCCAAGCUAACAGGCGUUGCUGGAGGCAGAGGCCCGCGUUGGCAGGGCUCAGGGGUGCGGGUGCGGGCCGGGGUCCCGGCUCCCCCUCAAAGUGUCUUUUGUGUCCCCGUCCCCGCAGGUGGGUCCCGCGGCAGCGAGCGGCCGGCGCCGGACACGUGAGGCGGCCGCAGUCAAUGUUAUUUGAGCGGGGCGCCCCGGCCUCGGCGAUCCCAGAGCGCGACAUGCAGAAAGCCGCCUACUACGACAACGCGGGGCUCUUCGGGGGCUACAGCUACGGCAAAGCCGACGCCUACGGCUACGGCUCGGCGCACCAGCCCUACCCCGCGGCCGCGCUGGACCCCGACUACCCUGGCUCCGCCUGCUCCGUGCAGGGCGCCGCGCCCCUCCGCGCCCCGGCCCACAAGGGCAGCGACCUGGCCGGCAGCUGCAUGCGGCCAGGCGGCGGCAGCCAGGGGGGCAGCCAGGCCCCGGGCGGCAGCGAGCAGCAGCAGCCGCCCGCGCUGCCGCCGUCGCCCCCGCAGAACCCCGCCAGCGCCGCGCCCCCGAAAAAGGCCAAGGGCGGCCCCAGCGCGCCGGGCGCCGGCCCCGCCACCAUUAGCAAGCAAAUUUUCCCCUGGAUGAAGGAGUCCCGGCAGAACUCCAAGCAGAAGAGCAGCUCUUUAUUUGUUUCUCUUCCUCUAGCAGGAGAGAACUGUGAAGACAAGAGCCCCCCAGGCCCCGCAUCCAAGAGGGUCCGCACGGCCUAUACCAGCGCGCAGCUGGUGGAGCUGGAGAAGGAGUUUCAUUUCAACCGGUACCUCUGCCGGCCGCGCAGGGUGGAAAUGGCCAAUCUGCUGAACCUGACGGAGCGGCAGAUCAAGAUCUGGUUCCAGAACAGGAGGAUGAAGUACAAAAAAGACCAGAAAGCCAAAGGGAUCAUGCACUCUCCCGUAGGACAGUCCCCUGACCGAAGUCCACCCUUAAGUGGCCCAAAUCAUGUAGGAUUCUCCAGCCAGCUUCCAAGUGUCAAUAGUCUUAGCUAUGAUGCUCCUUCACCAACCUCCUUCGCCAAAUCGCAGCAAAACAUGUAUGGCCUGGCUGCUUACACAGCGCCUCUCAGCAGCUGCUUACCCCAGCAGAAAAGAUACCCGGGAGCAGAGUACGACCAUCACACCAUGCAGAGUAACGGCGGCUUUGCCAAUCCCAAUUUGCAGGGCAGCCCCGUGUACGUCGGAGGUAACUUUGUUGAUUCCAUGCCAGCUUCUGGCCCGAUGUUCAAUAUCGGCCAUCUUUCCCAUCCUUCAUCCGCCAGCGUGGACUACAGCUGCGCUGCUCAGAUCCCAGGCAACCACCACCAUGGACCUUGUGACCCUCAUCCCACAUACACAGAUCUUACUUCUCAUCACACAUCUCAGGGAAGGAUUCAGGAAGCACCCAAACUCACACAUCUGUAGUAGACUGGGACGGAUUGAGAGCGGGAAAUGUACUCACCUUGCAAUUACCUCACUUUUCUGACGUUACGGUGUUACUUUGCUCUGAGUGCCAACAGCAUUAGUGGAUUGGUCUCCCCUAACAGCUCCACCCUUCUGUCCUUUCUUUCCUUUGUAUCAUUUUCUUUUUAUUUUCAUUUUUUUGCGACUCCAAAUAAGUCAAUGAAAAGGAUCCUUUCUUUUAUAGCUGUUUUAAGCAUGACAGUGCAAUAUACUGCAAACCAAGGGACUCAUAAUCUGGUAAUUAUGUACUUGAAGGUAAGUCUUAGAGAUCAAUUAGUAUUAGCAGCGCGUCAUGCUGAGGUGUUUUUAGACCAAUUGUGAGCGAUGGGAUUUUGCCUGCAUAUAAGCUUAUUUCAGAGAAGUUAAUUUAUUAAUUCUUCCGUAAUGUAAGGAUUGCAUUGGACUAAAUGAUAUGUAUUUAUUAUUUUAAGCGAGACAUUUUUGUAUCACGGAUUAUUUAUCCUCGUCUUAAUGUAUUUAUGUGGAUAUUUGUAGAAUUUAUUCACCAGUACUUCGGGAGAUUGAUUCAGGUCCAUGGUGACUUACAUUUCACCGAUUUAGUAUAUUUGGUCUGAACUAGUUGAGAGAGUAGUUUUGAACAGUUGUAACAGUGGCUGGUGUCUGUAGUUUAUGUAAGGAUUAAUUAAGACAGCAAAUUGUAAGUCAUUAAUAGAGUAAAACAAACUGUGGCAUUACACAAAAGGCCGUUACACAUUUUGCUUUAAAGCGUAUUUAUUUCAAAUUGUCUGGUACCAUUUGAAGACCUAUUUAGAUUUUCUUUAGAAGCCGCUUUUUGUUUAGUUAGAAGUGCGUCCGCUGGAACAAUGCAAGCUGCGAAGCGGAGCACUUGGUCGUGUUGUUUCUGAAAAUGUUCUACCUACCAAAGCCUCAGAGAGGUUGGCAUUUAUUUAUUGACUAAAUAUCUCUUGCACACAUUAUUUCGGUGGGUUAUUUUAUUUUUAUUACAUUCUAGCUAUCUGAAAUAGAGUAAGCUUAGAAUGCAAAAAAUUAGAAACCCUCUAAUAGUGCUAAUAUGAUUAGGGUUUCCAUAGCAAUCCAUGCUGCAGCUGCCCAUCUCCUUUGUUAUUUAUACUGUUGUUUUUUAUACCGACCAUAAAUCAAUUUUUUAGACAGCAUUGGAAGCCCGAGAUUAAUUUUUUGCAUAAAAAAAACACUUUGUAAGAAAAUUGACAAUCAAAGAUAUACAAAUGAAAGGAAGCCGCUAAGUAUAAUAACUGAGAUACAACGAAGGUAAACAAACUCUUCUGAGAUGCUCACUAUAGCUUUCAGCUAGAAAAUCAUCUCCGUGUGCUCCUCUGUAGUAGAGAUUGGUACAUUCCUUGUGACAACUAUUCUUACUGCCGUGACCACAAUAUUUCAUAAAAGGAACAAAGACUUACAACCAUCUCAUUUUCUCCUUUUUUAUUUACACCUUUGUGUUUAAUCUCUCAGUGGAGCUACGAAGGUUUUUGGAGGCGCAGAAGUGGCGUUAGGUCUGUUAGGAAGGAGACAUGCCCCUCCAAGAAGGCUUUUUCUUAUCGCUUUUAAAAGCCUUCAGUUAAGAUUCAGAUCUUCAGUGUUCCCAGCAAAGUCGUCGCGACGAGUCACUUUUUAGUUUGAAAAAUACUCCAACUCCUACUCCUUCCCUUGAUGCUCAGACCUGUUCCUAUUGUGAGAAAUGCUUCACUCCUACAUUUCUGUCAACACAGGAAAAUCUUUCUUUUCUGGUGUUUCGUGGGUCACUAAAGACUCAGAAUAUUAUUAGUUACUUUUUUUCUCUGUGCUAUUUUUAAACAUGUCAUGUUACGUUGAGAAAAGAAGUGUAUCCUUUUGUUAAAUUUCACUUUGACCCGAGCAGAUUUGAAUAUACGUGUUGUAGAUCUCUAAACAAAACCAGAAUAAACUGCUUCGAUCGAAGAAAUAUUUUAACCA